CACUUUUGACUCGGGGAAAGCCAGGCGACACUAGUGUCGGCCGCCCAGCAGAGGUAGAGCCUCCCAUUCUCCCUUCCCAUCCCGCCGUCCGCACUCCCGCCGUCCGCACUGCAGUCGUCCGCACUCCCGUCCCCCCCCCCGCCAAACCAGUAUCCGCUUCACUCCUUCCAAUGGAUCUCGCUUGGCGGAACUCCGCUCCAUUCACUGCGCGGCUCCGCGCGCCAGCUCCCGGACAGCUUGCGCCGCUCGACGGUCACCGCAUUCUGCGCGGCUCCUGCGGGUUGCGCGGAGUCUCGCCGCUCCGCGCACCUGCGGGAACUUCCGCAAGAAGGGGCAUUCGAGUGCGCCCCAGCAGGCGGGCGGGCCGACGCACGCGCGCGGAGGCGGGGAACGCAACGGAAAAGGCGGAAGCGGAAGCGAGCGGGGCGUGGCGGGAGGCCGCGCGGGUGGGGGAGGAGAUACGCGCGUGCUACGAGGUGGUGGAGCGCAUGGGGCGCGGAUUCGUGUUCCUGGGGUCGUCGCGCAUCGCGGAGGACCACCCCUUCUUCCGCCAGUCGCUCGCGCUCAGCCGGGAGAUCGCGGUGCAAUUCAGCAGCACCACGUGGUCGGGCAUCGGGCCUGGUCUCAUGGAUGCAGUGGCCCUGGGAGCAGAGGCCGUCAACAGGCCAGUCGCGGGCUUUAAGAUAGUGUCUGAGGCGCGCCAAGCCGAGGCUGCGUUUGUGCACCCCAGGCUUCCUGCUCACGCCUAUGUCACCUGCAGGUCAGUGCUAGCGCGCAAGCAGGGCUUCCUCAUGGCGGGAAGUCGCUCCACUGAGGCACAUGUGGCGGGCUUCAUCGCACUACCUGGCGGCGUGGGUACGCUGGACGAGAUUCUAGACUUCCUUGCGCUGCGCCAGCUGGGCGUAGGCGCAGGGGCUCCAGGCGAAGGGUCACUGGGCGUGAGCUCAAGCCCAGGUUCGUCCAGAAAACGGUCGCAAGGGUUACCGGUGCCGUUCCUGCUGAUGGAUUAUGAGGGCUGCUACCAGCCGCUGCUUGCCUGCAUGGAGGAGAUGCAGCGCUGGGGGUUGGUGGAUGAAAGGGAGGUAGAGUCACUCUGGCAUGUCUGCAGGAGUAACGAUGAGGCCUUGCACUUCCUACGGAAGUUCUAUUCUUGACAAGACAAUUGUUGGAGUUUUGAGUAGCGCUGCUGGUUGCUUUGGGUGCUUUGCGUGGCGACCUGGAGGUUGUAAAAGCUCUCUUUCCUGUCCAUGCGUUAAGUGGUUA